AUGAACAAACAGGACUAUAUGAACACUUGGGUACAGGAGCCCCCUCUUGACUACUCCUUCAGAAGCAUCCACAUCAUUCAAGGCCUCCGUACUCAGGGAGCCUUACAAUCCGGCUGCCCGUCCUCCGCAGGUUUCUUUCUGGGCCCCAUGCCCCAGGGUCUUAGCCCUCAUUCCCGAGCCCCGCCUGCCGCGGCCGCACCUGGUCCGAGUCCUCGUUCUCGCUGCUGUAGCAGCACCCCAUGGCCGGGGUCGGGCCGGGCGCUCAGGCCGCGCCGAGGAGGGACGGCGUCCGUCAGGAGCCCUUCCGGUCACAUGACCUGCGGCUGCCUCCCGUAGGCUACAACCCACUCCCUCCCCCCGUUUCCCCGGUCCCGGAGCCGCUAGUCCUCCUCAGUCAAUACCCCGGCUUCCGGUCCCGCCCGCUAGCGCGUGAUCGUUGUCAACCAAUGGGAAGGCGAGACCUGCGUAACCAGACACGCAGGCACGUGAUACGAGGAAAGACAGGGGCGGAUCACCUGACUUUUAUCUUUCCAGUCUCUAAACUGGCAGUAGUAGCCGUUGUGAAUUGUUAUGCGUUCGCGUGGGCACUAGGCGACUUUUCUGGGCCAUUGAGCAAACUCGUGCCAAAUGCCCUCGGUUAUCCCCUGCAGCAGGCCCAGGACUCUCUCACCUGUCCUGUGCUCUGGUCUUCCCUAAGCAGGAGCCUCUAGCCCAGGGCCCAGGUAGGGACCAUGUCCGCUGCCAUUGCAUUGGCCUUCCUGCCACUGGUGGUAACAUUGCUGGUGCGGUACCGGCACUACUUCCGAUUGCUGGUGCGCACAGUCUUGAUGCGAAGCCUCCGAGACUGCCUGUCAGGGCUGCGGAUUGAGGAGCGGGCCUUCAGCUACGUACUCACCCAUGCCCUGCCUGGUGACCCUGGCCACAUCCUCACCACUCUGGACCACUGGAGCAGCCACUGCGAGUACUUGAGCCAUAUGGGGCCUGUCAAAGGUCAGAUCCUGAUGCGGCUGGUGGAGGAGAAGGCCCCUGCUUGUGUGCUGGAAUUGGGAACCUACUGUGGAUACUCUACCCUGCUUAUUGCCCGAGCUCUGCCCCCUGGGGGUCGCCUUCUCACUGUGGAGCGGGACCCACGCACGGCAGCAGUGGCUGAAAAACUCAUCCGCCUGGCCGGCUUUGAUGAGCAAAUGGUGGAGCUCAUCGUGGGCAGCUCAGAGGAGGUGAUCCCGUGCUUACGUACCCAGAAUCAGCUGAAUCGGGCAGACCUGGUGCUCCUGGCACACCGGCCACGAUGUUACCUGAGGGACCUGCAACUGCUGGAAGCCCAUGCCCUACUGCCAGCAGGUGCCACUGUGCUGGCUGACCAUGUACUCUUCCCUGGUGCACCCCGCUUCUUGCAGUAUGCUAAAAGCUGUGGCCAUUACCGCUGCCGCCUCCACCACACUGGCCUUCCAGACUUCCCUGCCAUUAAGGAUGGCAUAGCUCAGCUCACCUAUGCUGGACCAGGCUGA